AUGGAUUUUCACAAUCGUAUAAAAAGAGAAAAGGCUUUACAAAUAAUAUGUGAUCAGUAUACAGAAAUAACAAAACAACCACUAACAAUAGAAAUUGUAAAAAAGAAGAUCAACAAUUUAAGAUCACAAUAUUUAGAUUAUGUCAAUAAAAUUAAACAAUCAAAAGCAAGCGGUGCAUCAACUGAUGAGAUUUAUAAACCUACCUGGUGGUUAUAUGAGGAUAUGAAAUUUCUUGAUCCUUAUAUUGCACAGAGAAGAGGAGAAUCUUCUAUAACAGAAAAAUUUUCUAAGCAUGAAUCGGAAUGUUCAACAAUAAACGAAUUAAUAAAUGAAGAUGAUACGGACAAUUUACAGCUAUUGGAUGUACAUAAUGUUGUAAAAGAUAAAGAAUAUGAUAAAGAAAAUAUCUGUGAAAAUAUUCAUUCAUCCUCUUCAAUGAGUAGUAUCUCAUCACAAUCACGUACUGCAACAUUCGCUAAAAGAAAAAAAUCUGAAUUAGCAAAAACUAAUUCCUUUGAUGUUACAAACAAUUUUUGGUCAAAGGCUUCAACUGCAAUUGAAUCGAUAAGUCAAAAUAAAGAAGCAGAAGACGGCUUGAAACAUUGGAUUUUAUAUGUAGAGGACGAGUUACGUAAGAUUAAAAAUUUGAAAAAAUUAAAAGGUUUGCAAAGAAAUAUUAUCACAUUAAUCGAUGAUGCAGAUAGUGAUUAA